AUGGAGGACGAGAGCAGCCAGGACUCAAGCGUGCAAUACAUGAACCUCUCUGACGACGAAGCCAUGCAUUACUGGAUCCCUGCUAACAUUGAAGACCAAGACUACAGUGGCAUUGAGACAGCACCCAAAGUUCUUUGCCAUCAGCAUGGUGUGGUGGCUGAGAGGCGUGUAGCAUUCGAAGCAUUUAACACGGGCAUGAGGUUCUUAGUCUGUCCUAAGAGUGAAGAUGAAAACUAUGGUAUUGUUCUCUGGGUUGACCUAGAGUGGCCUCUUACAUUGCAGAAUGCCUUGUUGAAGCUAUGGGAAAUGUAUCAUGACAGCAAGAGUGAUAGGAGGAAGGAUAGCCUGGAGAGUUCACUCACUAUUCACCAUUUGACUGAAGAAAAAAAUAAUCUAGAGGCCAACUAUGAAAAAAAUUGGUUGAAGAUGUGCACCAACUGUUCAAUGCUCAAGAGGAUAGGAUGGUAG